AUGUUAUUAUAAAAAUAAAAUGGAGAUGUUUUUGAAGGAGAUAUGAAAUAAGGAGAAAAAAAUGGAUAUGGUUGUUUUACUACUUAAAAAGGAUUUUAAUAUAAAGGAGAAUUUAUUGACAAUUAAAUGAAUGGACAAGGUAUUUAUAUUGUUAAUGAUAAUUAUGUAUAUGAAGGAAGUUUUAAAAAUGGAUCUAUCAAUGGUUAAGGAAAAUGUAUUUGGUAAAACGGGAAACAAUAUUAAGGAGAAUGGCUUAAUAAUAAAAUGAAUGGUUAGGGAUAAUUACUUUUUUUAAAUGGAAAAAAAUAUAUUGGAAAUUUUUAUGAAGACUUAUUUGAUGGAUAUGGUGAGUUUUUUUGGGAAAAUGAAAAUAUUUAUAAAGGAAAUUGGAAAAAAGGGUAAAUGAAUGGUGAAGGAAUCUUAAUUUAAAAAAAUAAUUAAACUAUUUAAGGAUUAUGGAUUGAUGGAUAGUAUUAAUGGAACGAAAACACAGAAUAUUCAAAAUCGUCUUUAGAAGAAUCAAAAUAAUCAUAAUAAGCAAUAUUAAAUCAUAAAGAUAAUAUUUGA